AGUCAGUACAACGUUGAUCAUUAAUAAAGGUGCAAUGAGAAAAGUUUCUGUUCUAAUUUUUGCUUUCAUAGCAUUGUGCAGUGCGCGAUACAUGACCGAUGAGGUCAAGUACGCUGACGAUGAUUUCAUCGUAAAACAACAAGAAAUUCUUGAGAUAUUAAUGCACGUUUGGCAAGAAGAGAUACAUAAUAAAUAUUACGACGUUGCAAAGCAAUGGAAUUUCGACAGCUAUAAAGACAAGUUUACUCCUGAAGUUUAUGACAACUUCACGUACUAUUACGAUGACGGCUUUCUCGACAUGACAGAAAUAUUUGCACCUUUCCAAACUGAUCAAAAUGGACAAAUGUUAGCGUUGUUCAAAAUGUUCUACUACGCAAAGGACUGGGAUACUUUCUAUCGCUUCAUGUGUUGGGCUCGUUUCAAUAUUAAUCCAGGAAUGUUCAUUCAGUCACUUUCAAUGGCUGUUCUUCAUCGUGAUGAUUUAGCUGGAAUCGUUUUACCUGCAAUUUAUGAAAUUUCUCCAUUCUACUUUUUCAACAACUAUGUUGUCACAAACGCGCGACUCAUGACAAUGCGGGGAACAACAAAUAUGAUGAAAAAUGGUGACACAAAUUCAUAUACAUUCGAGCAGAAUUAUACGAAUUACUAUGUCGAGACAAACCAUGACUCAAAACUGGCAUAUUUCAUGGAAGAUAUCGGAUUAAAUGCUUAUUAUUAUUAUUGGAAUUUGGAUUAUAAUGCAUUUUUGGGAGGCGAUGAGUUUGGCUUGAAAAAUGAUCGUAGAGGUGAAUUUUAUAUUUACCAAAUUAGACAGAUAUUGGCACGCUAUUAUCUCGAACGGCUUUCUAAUGGACUCGGGGAAAUUCCUGAAAUUAAUUUCUGGACGCCACUUGAAACUGGAUAUUAUCCUUCUCUUGCAUAUUAUAAUGGUGUUAAUUUCCCUACACGAUCUAACUAUUAUAUGAUGUACUUGAACAAGGAUAAUCAACGUUAUCUUGAACAUCUUUACAACUUCGAACAUCGAUUGUUUGAAGCAAUUGACAGUGGUUAUAUUUUGAAGCCCGAUGGAGAGAAAUUACCUUUGGACAAGCCAGAAACAGUAGAAGAAUUGGGAAAUUUAAUUCAAAUGAAUAAAGAUUCAUUUGGAAACAUGUACUAUUAUGGAAUGUUGGAAAUCCUUGGUCGUCGUCUUCUUGGAGCUUCAGUUCAUUCAUUUGACUCAUACAGACAAAUCCCAAGUGUUUUGGAAUUGUUUGAAACUGCAAUGCGCGAUCCAAUGUUUUAUGUCUUCUACAAACGUAUUUCAUUCUUCUAUGAUGCUUUUGCGAAAAAAUUCCCCAAAUACACGAAAACUGAGUUAGGUUUCGAUGGUGUUGCUAUCGAGGGAAUUGAAAUGAACAAACUUCUUACAUAUUUCGACAACUUCACUGCUGACAUUUCAAACGCUGCAGAUAUUCCAACGGACACAAAAGACAUCGCAAAUGCUCGCGUGGAGCUUAAAGUUCAAGUUCCAAGGUUAAAUCAUUUGCCUUUCACUGUGAAAAUGAAAGUUAAGUCUGAUAAGGAUCAAAAGGCCGUGAUGGUGAUUUUUGUAGGACCAAAGUACGACAGUUAUGGAAAUAUUUUGAACAUCAAUGAGAACCGAAAUAACUUCUGGGAACUUGAUCGAUAUCUUUUCGAUCUGAAAACAGGAGAAAAUGUUUAUGAACGCAAGUCAACUGAUUUCACGUGGUUUGUCAAUGAUCGUACUACUUAUUCCAACUUAUACAAGAGUGUCAUGAGUGCCAAGAAUGGAGGAGAAAAGUUCCCAUUAGACAUGAGUGAAGCCCACUGCGGAUUCCCUGCUCGUCUCAUGCUUCCACGUGGCCGUGUUGGUGGAUUCGCUGUCCAAUUCUUCUUCAUGGUGAUGCCAUAUAAGGCUCCAACAUAUGAACGCUUUUCGGGAUAUGAUGCUUCAAUUUCAUGUGGUGUAGGAAGUGGUACAAGAUACCUUGAUUCCGUUCCAUUCGGUUUCCCAUUCAACCGCGAAAUUGACAUAUACGACUAUAGAACACCCAACAUAUAUUUCUAUGAUACUGCAAUUUAUCAAAAAACUGGUAAUCCCAAUGCACCUUAUUUUUAAACAACUUUAAUGUAAAAAUGCUUUGAACAUCAUUCAUGAAAACAUUUUAAAGGAGAAUAAGCGUGUAAAGAGAAGAUAUUUUAUUGUAAUUUAUGUUGCAAAUAAAAUAUAAUAAAGAAGCAAAUUAAAAUCUAAA